GUCUGUGGAUUCUGCUUCUCUGUAGCCAGUGACAGCAGUGGCAAUCAUGGAGAUGGAUGUCACCAGUGACACCGUGGAAGUGCUACCCCAGCAUAAGUUCGACGUCAGGUCCCUGGAAGCCUAUCUGAAUCAGUAUUUGCCUGGCUUUGGGGCAGAGCCCCGGGCUGUGCUGACUGUUACUCAAUACAGAUCAGGACAGUCCAACCCAACCUUUUUCCUACAGAAAGGACCUCAAGCCUAUGUUCUCAGGAAGAAACCACCGGGCUCUCUUCUCCCCAAAGCACAUAAGAUUGAUAGAGAAUUCAAAGUCCAGAAAGCCUUGUUUUCCGUUGGAUUCCCUGUUCCCGAGCCUCUACUGUACUGCAGCGAUGCUUCCAUCAUAGGAACGGAAUUUUACGUGAUGCAGCAUGUGCAGGGUCGCAUCUUUCGUGAUUUUUCAAUUCCCGGAGUUAGCCCAGCAGAACGCACAGCUAUAUACGUGUCUAUGGUAGAAACCUUGGCGUGGCUACAUUCUCUGAAUGUGAAGUCACUGCGGCUAGAAGGAUAUGGUUACGGAGUCGGGUACUGCAAAAGACAGAUAUCCACCUGGACCAAUCAGUACCAGGCUGCGGCCCAUCAGGACAUCCCGGCCAUGGACCAGCUCUCCAAGUGGCUAAUGAAGAACUUGCCAGAUAGUGACAGCGAGGAGAGCCUGAUUCACGGAGACUUCAAGCUGGAUAAUAUAGUUUUCCACCCCAAAGAGAGUCGGGUCAUCGCUGUGCUGGACUGGGAGCUUUCGACCUUCGGCCACCCUUUGACGGACUUAGCCCAUCUGUCCUUGUUUUACUUUUGGCCCAGGACACUGCCCAUGCCAAACGGAGGCUUUCACAUUCAAGAGAACACAGGAAUACCAUGGAUGGAAGAACUGAUUUCAAUAUAUUGCCGUUGCAGGGGAAUUGAUCCUAAUCUUCCUAACUGGAAUUUCUUUAUGGCCCUUUCUUUUUUCAAAUUCGCUGGAAUCGCGCAGGGAGUCUAUAGUAGAUUCCUCUUGGGAAACAAUUCAUCUGAGGAUAGCUUUCUGAUGGCCAAUAUUGUGCAGCCCCUGGCAGAAACCGGAUUACAACUCUCAAAAAGGACUUUGAGUACUGUGCUGCCGCGGGCCGAUCCUAAGAACCAGCUCUUUGCCCAGACUAGGCGAGGCCAGGAAGUUCUUACUAAGGUGAAGCAGUUCAUGAGGCAGCAUGUCUUCCCUGCUGAAAAGGAAAUAGCAGAAUACUAUGCUCAAAAUGGAAACGCAGAGACAAGGUGGGGACACCCCUCAGUGAUUGAAAAACUAAAGGAAAUGGCCAAAGCAGAGGGCCUGUGGAACUUGUUCUUGCCAGCUGUGAGUGGUCUCAGCCAGCUGGACUAUGCCUUGAUUGCUGAAGAGACAGGAAAAUGUUUUUUCGCUCCAGAUGUUUUUAACUGCCAAGCACCAGACACAGGCAACAUGGAGGUAUUACACCUGUACGGCAGUGAGCAACAGAAGCAGCAGUGGCUGGAGCCCCUUCUUCGUGGAGAUAUCACCUCUGCAUUCUGUAUGACAGAGCCCAAUGUCUCAUCAAGUGAUGCCACGAACAUUGAGUGUAGCAUCCAGCGAGAUGGAGAUGGCUAUAUAGUGAACGGCAAGAAGUGGUGGAGCAGCGGAGCUGGGAAUCCCAAGUGUAAAAUCGCAGUUGUUUUGGGAAGAACGGAAACUGCUUCUGUAUCCAGACACAAACAACACAGCAUGAUUCUUGUUCCAAUGGACACACCUGGAGUAGAACUCAUACGGCCUUUGCCAGUGUUCGGCUACAUGGAUAAUGAACAUGGUGGGCACUGGGAGGUCCAUUUUAAUCAUGUGCGAGUUCCUGCUACCAAUUUAAUACUGGGUGAAGGCAGGGGGUUUGAAAUUUCCCAAGGCCGCCUUGGACCUGGAAGAAUCCACCACUGCAUGAGAAGCGUGGGUUUGGCCGAGCGCAUUCUGCAGCUCAUGUGUGAACGGGCAGUACAGAGGGUAGCCUUCAAGAAGAAGCUGUACGAGCAUGAGGUUGUGGCUCACUGGAUCGCUAAAAGUCGCAUAGCCAUCGAGGAGGUCCGCUUGCUGACCCUAAAAGCAGCGCACAGUAUAGACACCGUGGGCAGUGCUGCAGCCAGGAAGGAGAUUGCAAUGAUCAAAGUGGCUGCCCCCAAAGCCAUCUGCAAAAUAGCUGACCGGGCCAUUCAGGUGUACGGAGGGGCAGGCGUUUCCCAGGAUUUCCCUCUGGCUCGAAUGUAUGCUACAAUACGCACCCUGCGCUUAGCAGAUGGACCUGAUGAAGUCCACCUCUCUGCAAUCGCCAAAAUGGAGCUUCAGGAGCAGGCCAGACGGUUGACGGCCAGGAUGUGAGGGGAGCAGCCUGCCCCAUCCCACCGCUGGAGAGGCUUGAACUCAAGUCUCCAUUUCUGCAGGAGUUUGAGUGCAAGGCUAAUUAUUCACUGUGGUAAAGAUUUUAGUAUCUAUUUUGAUCAUUGGGUUUUAUAAUGUUAAAGAUCACACAGAUGUGAGGUAAAUAGGAAAUUCCAUCGCUGUCAUCAUGGAGUGUAGUACCUAAUGGUUUAGUAUUUGCCUUAUACACGUGACCUGUGAUGACCUGUGAGGAGGUCGUACAGGGAAUGGCAGAGCUAUUGCUGGAUUGUGAGCAUGAAAAGCGAUUUGCUUUGACUUUCGGGAACUAAGCCAUGUGAAUAGACACCCAGACCUUUUUCAUGUUGUCCUGAAAACAUAUGUCGUGGUGUCCCCUUUGAAUAAUAUUCUGAAGGUUCGAGAGUAGCACCUCAGAGAAAGACUUCCGAGUUCCCCUGCAAAGCCUCUUCCUAACCCAGCAGGAAGCAGUUCUGGUUAAAGUUCACAAGAAAAUGUAGCAUUGUCAGGGGAACACACAAUCAAGAGCACUUAAGUUAAACAGAAAACACCGCCAAGAGCCUUCGCCAGCUGCUGCCGCAUCAGGGCUCUUCGGUCCCGUGAGAGCCGGUCUGGCCAGGUCAGCCUUGGGGCUGGUCCUGUCAGCGCUGCCCCUACAGUGCAGCUAUUGCCACCAUGGUCCUCUGCAUUGAAAGUUUAAAUACAUAUUUUCAGUUCGGUUGCUGGGAAAACCGUUAAAUAUAGCUGGGUGUUACGUAUAUAAGGCUCGGGUAGGUUGAUCUACUUUUUCAAGUGUGGAUGUUUUGAACUCUCAAUACAAAGAGAAGUAUUUUAAAUCAAAAUUUGGUAUCCAAAUAAUCACAGGAAGUGUAAAAUACAUAUUGGAUUUUGAAAACUUAACUGAAAAUAAUUUAAAAUAUCUCAUGGAUAAAUACCUUUCUAUAUUGAUCAUAUAUUGAAUUAUAUUUUGGAAAUAUUAAGUUGAA